CCAUGGAUCUCGGAGCAUGGCCAGCGGCAGUGGAGUAAGAGGCGAGGAAGAAUCUGGUAAACCAGACAGCAGACCGCUCAUACCUUCUGUAAAGGACAUUAUGAUUUCCCUGGGCGAGCACUCCCAGCGCAUGAAAAAUGUUGAGAAUAGUGACACAACCAAGGAGUUCUGUGAAGGUGGAAGGAGAAGCAUGGAUGCCAUUUAUGGUGAUGAAGAAUAUCAUAGAAAAACCGUGGAGGGCACAGAUGGCAAACGAGAAACAUGGGGGAAAUGGGGGGGAGUUCUGGUGGACAAAGAUAGGAGGGAAACCAAGGGUCGCGAGGGGCAAAUCAUGGUCGGUGGUGACGAAGAAAAUAUGAGCUGUGCAGCAGAGAUACUUCGUUACUCUGUUGAUAGGGUAGUCCCUCUGAAUAUACUUCCAGAUAGCAGCCACCGUGAUGCUUCUAUCUACAGGGACACGUCGGGAUGGAAAAAAGAAUUCCGUAUUGUGGACCGCAGAGAGAGUAAGUGA